AUGUUCCCGGUCUUCUACGUCUGUGGUGUCAGCAUCGUCUUCGAGCUGGUCAAGGCCUUCACCAUCGAAGUCUUCAUGUCUCUGAAGCAGCGGUGGAAUCAGCUGCAGAAGAACGAGGGAAUGCACGGCAGUGCUACUGAAGACCUCGGCCUCGACAUGGAUAGCUUCACUAAG